AUGGCCAAGGGCGGGAAAGGCCCUAAGGGCAAGAAGAUCACCCUCAAAGUGGCCAAGAAUUGUAUCAAAAUCACAUUUGAUGGGAGAAAACGCCUUGACUUGAGCAAGAUGGGAAUUACCAAUUUCCCCAAGUGUAUCCUGAGACUGAAUGAUGUGGAUGAGCUCGACCUUAGCCGGAAUAUGAUCAGAAAAAUCCCUGAAUCAAUCUCCAAGUUCCAGAACCUGCGGUGGCUGGACCUGCACAGCAACUAUAUCGACAAGCUUCCUGAGUCCCUUGGCCAGAUGACGACUCUGCUCUACCUCAAUGUCAGCAACAACAGGCUCAUCACCAAUGGGCUGCCUGUGGAGCUCAAUCAGCUCAAGAAUAUCCGCACCUUGAACCUAGGCUUGAACCACCUGGACAGUGUGCCCACCACCCUGGGUGCUCUGAAGGAGCUCCAUGAGGUGGGGCUCUAUGACAACCUGCUGACCAGCAUCCCCAACAGCAUCUCCAAGCUCCCCAAGCUCAAAAAGCUCAACAUAAAGCGAAACCCCUUUCCCAAGUCGGAGGAGUCAGACACAUUCAUAGAUACCAUCAAGAGGCUGGACAACUUAUAUCUGGUGGAAGACAAAGAUCUGUGUUCAAAUUGCCUGAGAAAAUGCCAACAGGCCCGGGACAAGCUGAACAAAAUCAAGAAUAUGGCCACGGGAGCACCGAAAAAGGCCAUCUUUUCCAAUCUGGUCUCACCCAAUUCCAUGGCCAAGGAUUCCCAGGAAGACUGGAGGAUCCGUUCAACAUCUCCCUAG